CAGCAACGACCUGGUCUGGUGAGUGAGGUGAGGCGGACUCUUCUUUAACAGUAUCGCGCUCAAAACUCUUCGUCAUGACAUCCUCAACAAAGCGGACAGUCCCUAUCGACUUUUGUACUCUUGGCAUGUUCAUCAUUGACGAGAUCCACCCUCCCAAGGAAGCACCAAACCAAGAACCCCAACUCAAUGUUAUAGGGGGCGCGGGAACGUACAGUGCAAUUGGUGCUCGCCUUUUCUCCCCGCCUCCGCAUUCACACUCCGUUGGCUGGAUAGUGGAUGCUGGCAAUGACUUUCCAGAUGAAUUGCGCGCAACCAUCCGCUCGUGGAAAACUGGGGCGCUCAUCAGAGACAGAGCUGCACCGACCACGCGCGGCUGGAAUGGAUACUCUGGUAACCAGCAUCGCGCCUUCAAGUACCUGACUGAGAAGAAACGUUUGACAGCGGACGAUUUGACUUCGGAUCUUGCACUAGCGCGAUCAUUCCACCUGAUCUGCAGUCCUUUACGGGCCAUUGAUCAAGUGAAUGGGGUCAUCUCUAAGCGUGCCUCUAUGCACGACAGUCUCAGCAUCCGAGAACAGUCGAGACCGGUGUUCAUCUGGGAACCUGUGCCGGAUUUAUGCACACCUGAAGAGUUACCCAAUACAUUUACAGCUCUCCGAUAUGUAGAUGUAAUUAGCCCCAACCAUGAAGAGCUGGCCGCAAUGUUCUCUUUCACACAUCCUCUAGAGGGACCCUCGAAAGCCGCCAUCGAAAGCCACGCUCAGCAAUUGCUCGAUGCGGGCAUAGGACCAGACAAGCAAGGAGCUGUUGUUGUUCGUGCAGGAGCAGAAGGAUGUUUUGUGCUAUCAGCAACACAGAGACUAUGGCUACCCGCAUACCAUACAGACGCCAGCCGUGUCGUGGAUCCCACCGGUGGCGGUAACGGUUUUCUCGGUGGGCUUGCAGUCGGCCUGGUGAGGACCAACUUCGACGUGGUGGAAGCUGCGAAAUGGGGCAACAUUGCUUCGAGUUUCACGAUUGAACAGGUGGGUAUGCCUGUCUUGGAAACUUCUGCAGAUGAAGAUGGGGCACAGGAGAAGUGGAAUGGAGCAAGUGUACAGCAGAGACUUGCGGAGUAUCGAGAACGUACUCUAUAAUGUCCGAAAGCUGGUGUGCCCACUUUCUUUCAAUCGGACGCUUCAGAUCCUUCUGUUCACGUCUUUCUGACCUAAACCUCCAUCAACCUCGUCGGAAGGUAUUUCUAUCACUAGUAACCAAGCAGACUUCCGUGUCUCAGUAGGUAGGCCGUGCCGUAAACCUACCUACCUCUAGGUAAGGUAGUCUCCAAACACGAAGUAAAAAAAAAGACAACGAC